UGUGAUUAAUUUUCAGAUGUUCAAAAACCCAACCUUUUCAAACAAAUCAUACCCCAACCCUUUCCACCGUGUACGGCGGCGCUAUUUUCCGGCCACCACACCCCCACCCUCCAAUGCAAUCCCUACACGACACCCACGUAAAACUCCUAGCAUUCGACUUCUUAUCCCUAACCCCAUCACCAUCCCACCCAAACACCGUCAUCCACAAAGGCACCCACCUCCUCUCCCGCGCCGAAACCCUCGGUAUCAUCACUUUCCGGGAACACAAACCCGACAGAUUCCUCAAAUUCACCGUCGACGAUGGCACCGGAUGCAUCCCAUGUGUUCUCUGGCUCAACCAACUCACUUCCCCCUAUUUCUCUCGCAGAUGCCCACCAGAUGUUCGACGAAUUGCCGAAGUGGCUAAAAGUUUUGCAACCCUGAUUCAAAUUGGGGUUUCGGCUCGGGUGCGAGGGAAGGUUGGUGUUUAUAGAGGGAAUGUGCAGCUUACUGUUUCGGAUGUGGUUGUUGAGAGGGAUCCGAAUGCGGAGAUUGUUCAUUGGUUGGAGUGUGUUAGAUUGGCUAAGAAGUGUUAUGGUUGUUUGAAUGUGAAUGUUAAUGAUAGUGGUUGAGUAGAUUUGGUUG